CACGGCGCAGUUCCGCCUACCCCCAAGGGUAAAGCAAACACGUUUCGUGUUUCAACAGUGAUUUUGAAAACAAUGCGACGACUGUCUAGCUGCACUGCAAAGGCGCACUGACGCCCAAGUCUGACAACGACUUCACUGCCCACUAUGUCGGUUGAUAACGAGAUCAAGGGUCGAUUGGCCCUGAUCACUGGGGCCUCUGGAGGUAUUGGCGGCGGCUGUGCGAAAGACCUCUACAAACACGGUUGCCAUUUGGCCCUGACCUACUCCAGUAACAAGGCCGGUGUAGACACGCUUCUUGCGGAAUUUGAGACCUCCUCCUCGGACCAGAAAAUCUCCGUUCACCAAGUCGAUAUGGCUUCGACAGAACAGAUGGAAAAUCUGUACAAGGAGAUUGAGACACACCAUGGGCAUGGCCCAGACAUACUGGUUGCAAAUGCGGGUUAUGGCAAAAGGAUACCGCAGAUUUUGGACAUUUCAUACGAAGAGUUUGACCAUACGAUCCUCAUCAACCUGCGGGCGCCAUUCAUUUUGGCCAAAUUGGCCGUUCCUCAUAUGGCCGAACAGAAAUGGGGCCGGAUAGUCAUGAUGUCGAGUAUAGCAGGAUACGGGGGCGGCAUCAAUGGAUGCCAUUACGCCGCUUCGAAGGCCGGGCUGACUGGCAUGGUCAAGAAUCUGGCACAGAAGCUUGGUAAGGAUGGCAUCAGUGUCAACGACGUUGCGCCAGCUAUGAUUGGAGAGACUGGAAUGAUACCUGAUGCCAAACGUGUCGAAGGAACUCCUGGGGAUGUCAAAAAUAUACCUGUGGGAAGAUUGGGCACGCCACAAGAAUGCGCCAAUGUCGUGACGAUGUUAUGCAAGACUGGCUAUCUCACAGGCCAGAGUAUACUAAUAACAGGAGGAUUGAAGUAGGAAAAUCCAGGCUUCGCUGCAGUUUAUCUGCUAAUACCACCGGAAAUCUGUUGAGCACGUGCCGAAACCAGCCUGCGGGAAGGAUGAUUGGUGGUACUGUAAGUCGUAGCAUUUCACCCUCUGCAUCUGCAUCUGCAUUAGCAUCAGCAUCAGCAUCAGCAUUCUCUUUGUUGAAUCCCAUGUUUCCGUAC